GCUCGCCCAGCCUCCGCCUCCGCCUUCCGCGCUCCUCCCUCCCUCGCCGGGGCGCUCGCCUCCUCGCUAGAUGGUGUGCGAGCCGCCCGAGCAUCACACACACACUCCGGGCUCGGCCCAAAGCAACCGGGAGGAGGUGUAGCGCGGUGCCAGGGGGUGGGAGGGGAGGGAGGGAGGGACCGCGCAGAGGAAAAGGAGGGGAGGCGAAAAAGAGACAGGGAAACAACACCCAACAACUAGACAGGGGGAAAAAGAAAGAAAGAAAAGAAACCCACCCAUCCAUACACACACAAUUAAAAAAAAAAAAAAAAAAAGGAAAAGAGAAAAAAAAAGGGAAAAAAAAAAAAAAAACCCUGUGGCGCGCCGCCUGGUUCCCGGGAAGACGCCAGCGCCAGGGGGUGGGGAGCGCGCGGAAAGCUUCUGGAGAGCGAACAGCCCUCGCAGGGAUGGACAUGAUGCUGUUGGUGCAGGGCGCUUGUUGCUCGAACCAGUGGCUGGCGGCGGUGCUCCUCAGCCUGUGCUGCCUCCUGCCCUCCUGCCUCCCGGCCGGACAGAGCGUGGACUUCCCCUGGGCGGCCGUGGACAACAUGAUGGUCAGAAAAGGGGACACGGCGGUGCUUAGGUGUUAUUUGGAAGAUGGAGCUUCAAAGGGUGCCUGGCUGAACCGGUCAAGUAUUAUUUUUGCGGGAGGUGAUAAGUGGUCCGUGGAUCCUCGAGUUUCCAUUUCAACAUUGAAUAAAAGAGACUACAGCCUCCAGAUACAAAACGUGGAUGUGACAGAUGAUGGCCCAUACACGUGUUCUGUUCAGACUCAACAUACGCCGAGAACAAUGCAGGUGCAUCUAACUGUGCAAGUUCCUCCGAAGAUAUAUGACAUCUCAAGUGAUAUGACCAUCAAUGAAGGAACCAAUGUCACCCUAAUUUGUUUGGCCACUGGGAAACCAGAGCCUACCAUUUCUUGGCGGCACAUCUCCCCGUCAGCCAAACCAUUUGAAAACGGACAGUAUUUGGACAUUUAUGGAAUUACCAGGGACCAAGCUGGAGAAUAUGAAUGCAGCGCAGAAAACGAUGUGUCAUUCCCAGACGUGAAGAAAGUAAAAGUUGUCGUAAACUUUGCUCCUACGAUCCAGGAAAUUAAAUCCGGUACCGUGGCCCCCGGGCGCAGUGGAUUGAUACGAUGCGAAGGUGCAGGUGUGCCGCCUCCGGCCUUCGAAUGGUACAAAGGAGAAAAGAAGCUCUUCAAUGGCCAACAAGGAAUUAUCAUUCAAAAUUUUAGCACAAGAUCCAUUCUCACUGUUACCAAUGUGACACAGGAGCACUUCGGGAACUAUACUUGUGUGGCUGCCAACAAGCUAGGCACAACCAAUGCGAGCCUGCCUCUCAACCCUCCAAGUACAGCCCAGUAUGGAAUUACCGGGAGGGCCGACGUUCUUUUCUCCUGCUGGUACCUUGUGUUGACACUGUCCUCUUUCACCAGCAUAUUCCACCUGAAGAAUGCCAUUCUACAAUAAAUGUAAAGACCCAUACAAGGCUCUUAAGAAUUCUCUGAAAGUGCUGAUGGCUGGAUCCAAUCUGGUACAGUUUGUUAAAAGCAGCGUGGGAUAUAAUCAGCAGUGCUUACAAGGGAUGAUCGCCUUCUGUAGAAUUGCUCAUUAUGUAAAUACUUUAAUUCUACUCUCUUUUUUUGAUUAGCUACAUUACCUUGUGAAGCAGUACACAUUGUCCUUUUUUUUUUUAAGAUGUGAAGGCUCUGAAAUUACUUUUAGAGGAUAUUAAUUGUGAUUUCAUGUUUGUAAUCUACAACUUUUCAAAAGCAUUCAGUCAUGGUCUGCUAGGUUGCAGGCUGUAGUUUACAAAAACGAAUAUUGCAGUGAAUAUGUGAUUCUUUAAGGCUGCGAUACAAGCAUUCAUUUCCCAGUUUCAAUAAGAAUCCACAUUUGCAAAGAUGCGUUUUUUUCUCUUUUGAUAAAAAAAAAAAGCAAAUAGUAUUGCCUUCAGAUCAUUUCUUCAAAAUACACACAUAUCUAGAUUUUUCUGCUCGCAUGAUAUUCAGGUUUCAGGAAUGAGCCUUGUAAUAUAACUGGCUGUGUGGCUCUGCUUCUCUUUCCUGUAAGUUCAGCAUGGGUGUGCCUUUAUGAAAUAUUUCUCUCUUCGUCUUCAACUUAUAAAAACAUAUUGCCAAACCCUACAAUUGAAAGCAAAAAAUGAAUUAUAAGGAUAAAGUUAAAUCAUGUCCUAUCUCUAAAGAGUAAAGUAGCUAGAGGAUGUAAAAACCUCUUCAUUACCAGUGGGGUUUGCAAAAUUUACCCCACAAUAACUCAAUUUUGUGAUGAAAAACAACUUAAUUAACCUAAUACAGGUACCUUUGACAUAUGAUUUAUUUCAAUGUAGCUAAACAUUAUAUCCACUUUGAGAAAUACUUCCCUUUAAAAUGGCAGCACAGUCCAGCCAAGAGAUUGUUUAGCAACCCAUCUUUUCCUUUCACUAUUCCAAGCCAAAAUUGCGCAGAUGGUUUUUCAGAAAGGACACAAAUUCCAAUCACCUAAUAUUACCUGACUUGGGAAGCACUCAGAAUUAAUUUGGUUCCAUGGCAAGAGAAGUGGUGUGAGAAGGUGCUCCUGUUGACAAGAGCAUUUUGCAUAUUUUUCAUCUGAAAACAUCACUCAGUUGAUAGUUUGGAAUGCAUGUUAUAUAAAAUAAUUGUUCAAAAUAUAUUGUAACAAAUAUUUCAUGCUGGUCUGUAGCAGAUCAAUCCCGGAAGUAACUAAUUCUAUAAUAAAAUAUUUCUUCAUCGCUAUGUCAACCCAAACAAGUAAGACCAAAAAAAAAAAUUAACCAUGUUUUAUCUUUUUCUUGAAGACAAGACCAGUGAUGAGAAUAUCUUAAGAUGUUAACUAUUAAAUUAUCAUCAGUAUUAAAUUAUUUAUGUCAGAAUGAAAACUACAUUUUUUAAGGAAAAUGCUGUUACUUUAAGAAGUAUUUUAUAUUACAGGAAUAGUUUGAUGGUUUUAUUCUUUAUUAAAAAAGACCAUAGCAUUGAAAAUCAUUUUACAAAUUUUACAAAAUUACCAAUUUCACUACACCUACAGAAAUUUCUACAAAUAGUCCCCUUUGCAAGCCAUAAAAACAACAAAAACGUACUAAUAAAGAUAAAUACAGAAAAUUCAUAGAAAUUAUACAUAUUUAAGAUAUCUAAUAUUUUACCCAGAAAGAGAUAACUUGGAAAUUGGGGGGGGGGAGGGGUUCAAGUGAAAUUUGGUCCCAAAGUAAUCUAUUUUAAUUAGAAAAAUGAAUCCUAAUUGAGGAGGCUUAAAUAUACAAUGUUUUCACAAAAUGGCAAUAACAUGGCAUGAUGCUAUUAAAUUUACUCACUAAUAAUUUAUUACCUUAUUUUAACUGAUGUAUUAAAAUGUUCUUUUAAAUACACAUGGCAUUCUAACUUUGAUUAUAAUUGACUUUCUUUUUAAAAAUACCCUUUGUGGAAUUUGGGAGCAAAUUACAAAGUUGUUUUUUUUUUAAUGUUUUGGUUUUUAUUUGUAUUGCAGCUUUAAAGUGGCACACUCCAUAAUAAUCUACUUACUAGAAAUAGUGGUGCUACCACAAAAGUGUUAACCAUCAGUAUCCUUGUUUGGGAGAAAGAAACAGAUCAAGAAUGCAUAUUAUACAGUGCACACUUUCCUAGAGUUAAAAAUACCUCCUCUUUGUAAGGUUUGUAGGGUAAAUGUGAGGUAAAUCGAGAUAUAAACUAUGGAUGAACCAAAUAAUUAGUUCAAAGUGUUGUCAUGAUUCCGAAUUUGUGGAGUCUGGUGUUAUUACCAUAGAAUGUGACAGAAGUACAUAGCUCAGUAGCUAUAUGUAUUUGCCUUUAUGUUAGAAGAGACGUUCUUGAGUGGUAUUUUAAAUAGAGGAGGUAUUCACUAUGUUUUUCUGUAUCACAGCAGCAUUCCUAGUCCUUAGACCCCUGGACAGAGUGAAAUCAUGAGUAUUUAUGAGUUCAAUAUUGUUCAAAUAAGGCUACAGUAUUUGCUUUUUUGUGUGAAUGUAUUGCAUAUAAUGUUCAAGUAGAUGAUUUUACAUUUAUGGACAUAUGAAACGUCUGAUUCUUCAUUUUAUCAGUCCUGACUGUAUAAGAUUAUUGCAAUUUCAGAAUAGCAGUUUUAUGAAAUUGAUUUAUCUUUUGAUGUAUAAUAAUUUUUUCUAGCUAUUCAUUUCAGCAUUAUAUUUCCACAACUUACAUUUGUGGGAUUCCUUUUGUUGCCCUGAAUUUCUUUUUCAAAGAAAGAAGAAAGAAAAACAUAAAAAGAAGUUGAGAAAGGAUAGUAGAAAGAAAAGGAAAAGACAGAAAAGUGAAGGAGGUAAAGACAGUGGGAUAAAAAAGAAGAAGGAAGAAGGAAGGGAGGGAGGGAGGAACAAAUGGAGAAUGGGAGGGAGGAAGGAAGGAAUGAAGGGGAAAAGAAGGAAAGCAAGAAUAGGAGGAAGGAAGGAAGAACUGGAAUAUUAGGGUAGUUCAUUUGCAUUCUUGGUUUAAUUGAAAAUGCUGUAACCAUGUUUUACAGUGAUCCUAUUCAAAACGAAAGUCCUGUUACACCAUGAAGUUCCUAUUAUGUAGCAAUUAUAUAAUGAAAAGUACUACACAAAUUAUAGUAUUGUGUGUUAUGGGGGACUCUAAAAGAUUUGAGAGAGCGAAUGUUAAACAUAACACUACUUUUGGAGGAUUUAAAACUUAACUGAAAAAUUAAUGGUUCAUCAUAACAUUUAAACUAUAUCUAGAAAGUAGACUGGAGAACUGAGAAAAUUAGCCAGAUAAUUCAGGACAAAUUAUAUAGACAUAAAUACCCCAAUGUGUGAACUCAGAAAACUGAGAAGUUUAUCAAAAUCAAUCAUCUAUAUUGAUCAAAUUUUUGAAUAUUGUUAAUUUAUCCAUUGUGUUUAGCUUUGUGACACAGCCAAAAGUUACCUAUUUAACCUUUUCAAUAAAAAUUGUUUUUGAACUUCAGAAAUGAUUUAAAAAGAGGUCAGGUUUUUAACUAUUUAUUGAAGUAUGUGGAUGUACAGUAUUUCAAUAGAUAUGAAUAUGAAUAAAUGGUAUGCCUUAA